AUGUGUCGCAGGGCGCUUGGGGCUGCCGUGCUUCGUGCCCAGCAGCGCUGGACUGCCUCAGCAGCAGUGGUGGUGGUGCUGCUGGUCAUGCUCGUGGUGAACGAGCAGAAGAGCUGCCUGGGGAAGUCAGUCGUGGGAGAGGACGGCACGGGCGCCUUCCACAUCAACACGAGCGAUCCGACGAGCCAGCCUGUGUUCGUGAACGGCGUGAGCGUGGAUGGCUUGUUUCAGACGAUGGACACCUUGCUGAGUACAGUAGCGGCGCAGCAAAGCACGAUCGAAGCACAGCAGAGCCAGAGUGCUGCGCUGCAGAGGACCAACAGUGAGCUGUGCAAGUUGAAGAGGCGCGCGAGGACGGUUGGGCAACUUGGAUCACAGAGUGGAAAGUGGCUUGGAGGCGCGCUGGCCAACAACGGCCUGAUCUACGCCGCCCCUUGGAACUCACCCUCCGUGCUCAUCAUCGAUCCAAACUCUAACACCGUGGACACAACUACGAUAUCUGAGCUCGGAACAGACAACUACAAAUGGGCUGGUGCUGUGCUGGCACACAAUAGCCUUAUUUACAUGUUCCCCGCAAACAGGGAGAUGAUGCUCAUCAUUGACCCGGAAGCCAACACCGUGGAUACUUCGAGCAUUCAAUCGCUUGGGUCAGCUAACUACAAGUGGUACAGUGGUGUGGUGGCCAGCAACAGCCUCAUCUUUGGUAUUCCGUCCUACGCAAGCUCUGUGGUAAUCAUUGAUCCUGAAAGCAAUACGGCCGACAUCACCACCAUGUCGGGGCUGUCGGUCCAGGCUGACAAGUGGCAUGGCGGAGUGCAAGCGGCCAGUGGCCUCAUCUACUGCAUACCCGUGACGGCUUCAUCCGUCCUCAUCAUCAACCCCAAUUCCUUGACGAUGGACCUCACCACCAUCAAUGGUCUUGGCACGGCGUACAAGUGGUGGGGUGGUGCGCUUGCAGGCAAUGGACUCAUCUACACUAUCCCGUCUCGCUCUUCAACGACACUCGUUAUCGACCCAUCCACGAACACCACCGACGAGCUCGUCAUUGCAGCUGCAACUACCUUCCGAAAGUGGAUUGGGGGCGUGCUUGCACCCAAUGGAAACAUCGUUGGCAUCCCACAGACCUCGCCAUCAGUCCUACUCUUCGAUCCAGCCACCAACUCUACCGACACCACGACAAUUAACGACCUUGGCGGCGACCGUGAGUGGUUUGAUGGGGUGCUUGCCCCAAACGGUCUCAUCUAUGGCGUUCCAUACUUUGCAGAGACCGUCCUCGUCAUUGAUCCGGGAUGCUGA